CGGACGACGGCCGGCGAGCCGGUCUGCGCGAGCGCGCGCGCUCUCGAGGGCAAAAACUGCGGCGGCGGCGGCGGCGACGGCGGCGGCGCGGCCCGAGAUGGCAGCACGACGACGCCAUGGCCGCUGAGCACCAAGCGGGGCGCGCGACUCGGGUCCGGCCGGACGCGGUCCGCGCCUCGGCGGCCGCCAGCCUGGCCCUGAGCGCGCUCUCGCUGCUGCUGCUGGUCACGGCCAUCGGCACCGACCACUGGUACGAGACGGACACGCGACGCCACCGGGACAACUGCGAGCGGCAGGGCGCCGACUCCAACGCGCAACAGAACCGGGACAUGCCCAUCUACCACCUGCCGCUGCUGGACACGGGCGGCGGCGGCGGCGGAGGCGCGCGCGACGUGGCCCUGCUCAAACCCGUGCACGUGGGCAGCCGCGAGGACGAGCUCCUGGAGAACUGGCGCGCCAUCCUGGGCAUGGGCAUCCUGGAGACCGAGUGCGGACGGCCGCUCUUCUCCACGCACGCCGGACUCUGGAGGAAGUGCUACUUCGGCGGACUGGACCCGGACAUCGACAAGCUGGUCGACAGAGGUAUCGCAGAGCGCUGCACAGCAGUCAAGUAUCAUUUCUCUCAGCCAAUCAGGUUGCGGAACAUCCCUCUGAACCUGACCAGGAGCAUCCAGCAGGACGAGUGGCAUCUGUUGCACCUGCGCCGCAUGACGGCCGGCUUCCUGGGCAUGGCCGCCGCCGUGCUGCUGUGCGGGAUGGUCGUCACCGGAGUCGGAUUCUUCUGGGAGGGAAGCCUGACGCGCCGCCUGGCCGGACUGCUCUUCCUCAUGGCGGGAACCUUCUGCGGCGUCUCGCUCUGCACGUACGCGGCCAGCGUGACCUACGACCUUUCCAGGAAGCCGCCCUUCAUCUACGGCCUCCCCGCCGACGUGGACCACGGCUUCGGCUGGUCCGCGGGCCUGGCGGGCGCCGGCCUGGCGCUGAGCCUGGCGUCCGGGUGCCUGGCCGCCGCCUUCCCGCCCGCGGGGACCCCCCGCCGCAAGGCGGCCCCCCGCGCCUCGGCCGUCUGACCUGGCCGGUUGCCGUGGUAACUGCUCUUUCUUCAAGUGUAAAUAAUGUCAGCGGAGCGUGACGUGACACGUGCCCGAUUCUAGUCCUUGUGGUGAUAUUGCAGCCAAAGCGCAUUUAUUCCAAACGACAAACAAGAAACAACUUUGAAGUUUUCCCAACCAAACGUAAACGUCGCUCCGGUCGCUUCACGCUAACGUACGACGCGGACGGGCUAGCGAAAAACACGAUGACGUGAGAUGACGCCCGUAAGCGCACACACGCCGCGUAUUUGGGUCCUCCGCUAGCUUAAUGCGAACCUGUAAUGUGAAGCAACGUAGACGGACUGUUUGAAAAGCAGCAAAUAGCAGCUCGGCGCAAACACGACGGACUCAAGUGCUCUUUCGUCACUUCCAGCCGCGGCGUGAAACUACACUGGAGACGCACAUCUUGCCUGCGUACCGCUAACAGCAGGAAAAUGUCGCCGCGGAAAAAUAUGUCCAUUUGAGAGUGAAGCGGGCGGAGGGACACUUGUUCAAGUUCUGAUCAGUCCAUUUGUUGACCUGCUGUUUCCACGACGACCCUUUAUUCGACACACCGACGGCAGGCCUCUUAAAGGGACGGCGGGACGCAUCCACGUUAACGUACACUACCACAAAAACACACAUGCGCCCAAAUGAUCACAAAAUAAUCAUAACAGUGCUUUCUAUUUGUGCAGUGCGUUUCUAGACACUUUUCAGUUGCACAUAUUCACUCCAAAUCUGUCACGGCUGCCAUUCUGCGCCUACGGCCACCGCCAGACUUCCAAAGGCGUCCGUUUGUAGGCAUUGCGGGGGGGGGUCAGACAGGGCGCCCCCCCCCCCCCGUUGACCAUCGCGUCGGUGGCAUCAAAGUCCCGAGACCGUCGUCUUUAGGGGGCAUCGAUCACAACCUCUUCAAAUACCUUUCGGGGGCGUACACACGUCCGUGACACACACACACACACACACACACAAAUGAGCACACACUCCAAGGAUGAAAAUAUAAAAAAUAUCUUUAAUAAUUGUUUUCUCAUCUUAAUCACACAGGGAAGGAUUUUAUGUGACAAUUAAAAUUUGACAAUGUAACCGUGAGUUGAAUGUAGAACUGCAUCUAAUGAAUAUUUCAGUAGUCCAGUCGCGUGGCCAACAAUCGAGUCAUCGGAUGAAAGUUGAGCUUUUCAUAUCAUCAGGUAUGAUCGCAAAAAGCCUUUUAUUUCUUCGCUCGACAAUACGCACCAAAGACCGUGCAUUCCUUUCCAACAAGCUUCGACCUCGCUCGCGCGUCUGCCGACGUGCCAAUUUCUUCGUUUCACGGCAACUGAAGGAGCAUCGAGAGGUAACAAAUAUUUCCUUCGUCUGACUUUCCAAAAGUUUGCGCACAUGCUCAAUUUUGCUUUUCACCGGGCCCGUCACGACCGCAACAAUUUGAAGACGACGUUUGCCUCUGAAAUUGUGAAAAUCGAGGCCCGCCCGCAAGCUGCAAAAGUACGCUUGGUCCAAUCAAAGAUCCGACGGCUAACUUUGCUGGAAUCAACCAAUUACGUGUGCCUCUUAGCUUACGCUUAAUAAACACUCAUUAUCUUCC